CUACGGAAAAUUCGCAUAAUGAACACUGGAAUAAACGGUUAUGCCUCUUGGAUCCCAUGAGCUCUCCAUGAAAAAGUCUAAGACCACAUGAAUUUUGGCCUUAAACUUUUUUGCUAAAUAUUACACAAAAAUGCCUGGUGAUGUUAUCAUAUUUCCCCACAUCGUAAUAUUUUUGGGUGACAGGUCCCAACAUCAAAGAACUGGCUUAACGAGUGAGGCAAAAAGUUUUAGGCGGUUUUUAAACACAUGGUUUCCUUUUGCCAGUUAUGACUAUAGAACGACGGAGAACACCGACCGUCUACAGCAAUAAUCCUUAGCACUUGAGGAGAGUCAGAUAAAACUGUAUAUAUACGAAAUUGUGAACAACCGUUCGCUCGCGUAAACAAGGCCAAAGCAGCGACUUAUUGGUCAGUCUGGUACUUCGGAGUUAGAUAUCAAGAUAUAUAUAGGCUUUAUAUCAAAAUGUGUUCCAUUUAUUGACGCUUCUGGACAUCUAAGCUAAUGUGAAAAAGCGAAAAGCAGAUUUGUCAUUUUGUUCAAGUAACCUCUGAAACGGUAAAAACUAUAACGACGUAAAUGGUGCGUUAGUCAGACUGCAACUUGCCGAAUGAGCAUGUCGACCCGGAAGUCCCGAACAACAUGACAGCGCCCGCGAUGGUGAAUAACGAGUAGAUCAACAAGAUCUCCAAUCUUCGAUACAGUCAGAAAUCUUAUUUUGCUUUACUGCGAUGGGGUGACUCUGUCGUUUGAGUGCGUAGAACCGCUGAUGAAAGGAACCAGGAAAGGGCGUAUCUACCUGACUACUCACCGAAUGAUCUUCAGAUCUAAUGAUGAUUCAAAAGGCCUUGUUUCAUUCUCGUUCCCAUUCUACACAAUUCACGACCUUGGACUCGAACAGCCGGUAUUUGGAGCCAACUACAUCAAGGGUAAAGUUAAGGCAGAACCUGGAGGUAAUUGGACUGGCGCGGCGAAUUUCAAAUUAACCUUCAAGGAUGGCGGAGCUAUCGAAUACGGACAAGCCUUAAUAGCUGCUGUACAAGCUACGUCCAGGUACAUAGGUGAAAUUCCCCCGUAUCCAUUAAGGCCACCAACGCAAUACCCAUACGUCAAUGCCAUGCCUGGCGCGUACAUGGCUCCACAGGGUCCCGCGCCCUAUGGUUUUUACAUUCCCACUAAUGUUUUCCCUGAGCAUCCACCAGCGAAUCAAGUGUACACAGUAGAACAACCUCCUCCCUAUCCUGGUGUCAUGGGAACGGCGGGAUCCUCAGAACUGGGACCACCACCAGCCUACGUGGCUCCACCACCAGCUUACGUAACCCCUAACAGCGGGACUGCUUACGCGCAUGCUUCUGCCCCGGACCAACCGGCAACCAAUCGCGAUAAUAAUCAGGGAUUUUACCCCACGUUCGAGUCAAAGACAGCGUAAACUGCAGCACACGAGCUACUUUUAGUGGAGACCCUUUCGGCUACGGACUACUUUAUACGGUGGCUUUUAUUCUCAUCAUAACAGUUGAUCUUUUGCUUCCGUGGUGACAUUGAGUCUGGUGAAGAGAACAAUCAUGUCAAGACUUUUCCAAAGAUACGGGGACACUACAAAACGUCAAUGCGGAAUCAGAUAUUGCAACGAUUGUGCAAUACUGCUGCAGGAUUGUUCUGCUGCACAAAUAAAUUUGAAGGUUAAUGUAUGUUUUUGCUUAACGUCAGAAAGCUGUUAUGCAGAGUUUGUUAGAAAAAGAAAUACUAAAUAUCAUUUUUAUUUAAGACACGGUACAAUUGAGGCAGCGGAAAAGCCGUACACAGAGAUAUUUUACGGAAAAUGUUUGCAACAAGAACAAAUCGUAAGCAAAAAUAUUUGAUUGUCAAUUAAUAUUUUGGCGACAGAAAAAGCUACGGAAUCCUAAUAAAAUGCGUAACUUCGUAUACUAAUUCUUGUGGUGCGACUGCACUAUGCCUACCAAAGGUUGCCGUGUAAGAAAAACGCACUACUAUUUUAGACAACCAAUCCUGUUAUUAAUUCAUACAUUUACAAAGAACAAAGCUGCUGAGCGAACCUCGUGUCACAGCGCAAUAGGCGCACUAACCGCAUAGCUUCAAGAGAGUAUAUAAUGAAAGAAAGCAUAUAUUUACAUUUUAACCGGUGCAGCAUCGAUACGGUCGAUGUUAGCAGAGUCGGUAUACAUAUGUAUGUGAUGCAUUGGUCUAAAUAUCGUAGUCGUCUGAAUAUCAUGUACGUCACUACGUUGUUAAUAACUUCGUGCUUUCAAAAAACAGAUGACAAUUUACGAAAUAGGUGUUUCUCCAAUGACAGUGUGUUCGUUUCAUUUCGGGGUGGCUUACGCGUAUUAUCCAUCUUUACGCGAUAAGUUGCCAACAUCGGACACACCGGAAUUGGAAAUAAAUGAUCAAAGCUUUACAAUCGUUAUGGUAGUUUUUUGGAGUUAGUAGACAAUAAAUCAGUAUACAGAGAGUUUCAGCUUCCACAAUGUGAACAACUAUA